UAAUAUUCUGAAAUUAUCUAAGGCGAUUCAGAUUAAAAUUGUACUACCUAUAUAGCAUCUAACAUAAAACUGGCUAGUUAAAAUUUAUACAGCUAUAGUGGACAAUAAUUAAAAACUGUAUCCAACAAGUUCUCUAUCCUACUGAUUGUUAUUUGUUUUGAUCACCAAGCAAGCUACAUGCUCAUAUAUUUUACUGAGAAUCUGGCUUAAUUAGAGUAUAACAGGCUGUCUAAACUAUGCUGGUAAGAACAUUAAAGAGGAAUUUCUCAUCCAGGAGUCCAUUAAUUUUAGGCAUAGAAUCUUCUUGUGAUGAUACAGGUGCAGCAGUUUUAAAAGGCAGAACAUUAAUUUCAGAAUGCCUAGCAUCACAAAUGAAGAGCCACCUUAGUUUUGGAGGGAUAAUUCCUACUGUAGCACAAGACUUCCAUAGAAGUAACAUCGAUUAUGUUGUGACAAAAUGUCUCGAAAAUGCCAAAAUAGAACCAACGGAACUAGAUGGAAUUGGAUUCACAAACAGACCAGGAUUAGCUUUAAGUCUGCUAGUUGGCAUUAGAUAUGCUAGACAUAUGUCGAGAAAGUAUAAUAAGCCGUUAAUUCCAAUACAUCACAUGCAUGCUCAUUCGUUGACACCAAGAAUGGAAAAUGAGGAUAUAAAGUUCCCAUUUAUGUGCCUACUUAUUUCUGGUGGACAUUGCUUACUGUCUUAUGUUAAAGAUAUCGAUAGUUUCUUGUUAUUAGGCGAAAGUAUUGAUGAUGCACCUGGUGAGUGUCUUGAUAAAAUUGCUAGACGACUUAAACUAACAAAUUUGAGGCAAUUCAGUAACAAGAAUGGAGGACAAUCGAUAGAAGAAGCAGCAAGGAUGUGUACAGAACCCACAGAUAAAUAUCAUUUUCCAUUAAUGCUAAAAUACUAUCGAGACUGUCAAUUUAGCUUUGCUGGCUUAAAAAAUACAGCAUUAAGGUCUAUCAAGAAUGAAGAGAGGAAAUUAAAUUUAGAUGUUGAUGCAGUACUACCUGAUUAUCUAGAUUUCUGUGCAAAUGUGUUAGGAGCAUUAACACGUCAUUUAUGUCACAGAACACAAAGAGCUAUAGAAUUUUGUGAAGGACAGCAUUGGUUCGAUAAUGUCGAAGAAAGGCGUUUAAUAAUAUCUGGCGGUGUAGCAUGUAAUGACUUUAUAUACACAGCACUAAGUCAAAUGUGCGAGAAUUUAAAUUUUAAAGCCAUUAGACCAUCAAAGAAGCUAUGUAUGGACAAUGGAAUUAUGAUUGGAUGGAAUGCCGUUGAAAAAUUUAAAAGGAACUUAGAUAUUUAUCCACCAAGUAAAAUAGAUGAUUUAGAUUUCUAUGCAAAAAGUCCAUUAGGAGAUAGUUGUAUUGACAACGUUAAGGAAAAGAAUAUGUCAUGUAACUGGAUUAAAAUACCAAUUUUAAAGCCUUUUGCUAGACCCUAA